AUGGACAGGGAAAUGCAACAAGCAGUCUUCACUAAUUUCAUCAAACCGUUCCUUUCAAGAAAUGACUCGUCAGAUCCUGGCUGUGUCUCAUUUACCAGAGGGAGUAAAGAUUGGCUCCUGGCAAACCUUGGCAGCUUCUCUGGCUUUGCAACCCUACAGGAUUUGCAAGCCCUCAAUCCCAACUUCUCCAGCGCCGAAGCGUUGUCAGUGCUCACUCCUACUCAGGUGGCGCAGUUGACACUGAGUUCAGGGGCCUCGACCGACACAGACCAAAUCGACCGUGUGUUUGAGCGACUUGAGGAGGGCAAAGCUCUGGAAAAUGUGGAUGAAUUCCUGACACAGCUGACAGCAAACGGAAAGGUCCCUGACUUCCAACCUGUCGUGAGAGAUCGUAUAAUGAAUAGGACCUUCGCCAUCAUCAGUCCCCAUUUCCAGAACUUCAAGGAAGAUGACUGGUUUGCUUGGUUCCAUCUGAAACUGGUCCUUGUCCUCCCAAGUUUCACUCCAAUGAUGCUCGAGAACGCAACCUCAAACAUAAACUGCACAAACUACCAUGUUGUAGUGAGUGGGCUGGCCGGAGCUUUCCGCGCUAUGCCGUUACAUAGACGACAAGGAAUCGCAGACGUUCUGCUGGGCUACUUGAGAAAAUCUGCCGGUGUCAUCAACAAACCGGUUUGCAGGCAGGAAAUUGACAAUGAUGCAGAAUGGCUUGAAGCAAACUUGGGUCCAUUUUCCCUGUACACAACAUACUCUGACCUCAACGUCUUCAACCUCUCUGUGGUGGCACUUGUGGACUCCCUGUCCCCAGACCAGAAGGCUGAGCUGAUCCUGGAUCCAGACAGCCACGCUUUGGAGGAUGAGGCCAUCAUAAGGGAGGUGUUCACAAGCUUGACAAAGUCCCAUGAUAACGAGCAGCUCAAUCAGUUUUUCCAGGCUUUUGCAAGCAUCAGCGAGCAGAGAAACAUCACCAUCAUCAAAAAUCAAGGUGUACGAGACACCAUCUUGAACCUGACCUUGACAGCCCUUGCCGGUGAAUUUGAAGACUUUGAGCCUAAAGACUUUGAGCUGUGGUUCCAGGUCUAUUUGGCUCCCGUGAUGGCGAGCCUCCAGCCUGGCAGCUUGGUGGUGAUCCCCAGUAACAUCAGCUGCGCAUCCUACGAAGCUAUACUCACUGGUCUUCUGCAAAGUUUGAAAUCCCUGCCUCCGACCCUUUCACAUGGCGUGAGCGCAAGCAUACAGUCACUCAAGGAGACAUUCGCACGUUGCACAGUUCCAGAUUCCUUCGUGUGCAAAGAGACCCCGAUUGAUGAGGCCCUCAUCUGUGCUGCGGUCAACAGUUCACAACUGGAACAAACCCUGUCUACUGGCAAUUCCUCUGAAGCCCUGUGCAAUUUUACCAUCACUGAGCUUGCCUGUUCCUCGGCUACACACCUCACAUCCAGCAACCUGGUCACACUGAUGAAAUGCUCACUGCAAAGCCAAAGGACAUACCCGGUAGAGGUCUGGAAGCUUCUCUUCCAAAAAGCUUCUACUGCACUAGACCAGGCUCUCCAGACCUUCGCCACCAUGGCCCCCAACAACAGCAAUCCAGCCAUGUCACCUGCUCUUGAGGCUCUUGGGGAGCUGAGAAUUGCAAACUUCAGCCAGGCACAACUGCAGAGUGAUGCCUUUGUCAGAUUCUGGUUCCAGACAGAGCUUGGUCCGUUUCUGGCCUCUGCAUCCCCCAACUUCCUAUUCUGCCUUAGCUCCAAGAACUUCAGCUGCCAUACGUACCAGACAGUCAUCCAGGCAUUCAGCAGCCGAAGCGUAUCCAUGGACAGAGAAACACAACAAGCCGUCUUCACUAAUUUCAUCAAACCGUUCCUUUCAAGAAAUGACUCGUCAGAUCCUGGCUGUGUCUCAUUUACCAGAGGGAGUAAAGAUUGGCUCCUGGCAAACCUUGGCAGCUUCUCUGGCUUUGCAACCCUACAGGAUUUGCAAGCCCUCAAUCCCAACUUCUCCAGCGCCGAAGCGUUGUCAGUGCUCACUCCUACUCAGGUGGCACAGUUGACACUGAGUUCAGGGGCCUCGACCGACACAGACCAAAUCGACCGUGUGUUUGAGCGACUUGAGGAGGGCAAUGCUCUGGAAAAUGUGGAUGAAUUCCUGACACAGCUGACAGCAAACGGAAAGGUCCCUGACUUCCAACCUGUCGUGAGAGAUCGUAUAAUGAAUAGGACCUUCGCCAUCAUCAGUCCCCAUUUCCAGAACUUCAAGGAAGAUGACUGGUUUGCUUGGUUCCAUCUGAAACUGGUCCUUGUCCUCCCAAGUUUCACUCCAAUGAUGCUCGAGAACGCAACCUCAAACAUAAACUGCACAAACUACCAUGUUGUAGUGAGUGGGCUGGCCGGAGCUUUCCGCGCUAUGCCGUUACAUAGACGACAAGGAAUCGCAGACGUUCUGCUGGGCUACUUGAGAAAAUCUGCCGGUGUCAUCAACAAACCGGUUUGCAGGCAGGAAAUUGACAAUGAUGCAGAAUGGCUUGAAGCAAACUUGGGUCCAUUUUCCCUGUACACAACAUACUCUGACCUCAACGUCUUCAACCUCUCUGUGGUGGCACUUGUGGACUCCCUGUCCCCAGACCAGAAGGCUGAGCUGAUCCUGGAUCCAGACAGCCACGCUUUGGAGGAUGAGGCCAUCAUAAGGGAGGUGUUCACAAGCUUGACAAAGUCCCAUGAUAACGAGCAGCUCAAUCAGUUUUUCCAGGCUUUUGCAAGCAUCAGCGAGCAGAGAAACAUCACCAUCAUCAAAAAUCAAGGUGUACGAGACACCAUCUUGAACCUGACCUUGACAGCCCUUGCCGGUGAAUUUGAAGACUUUGAGCCUAAAGACUUUGAGCUGUGGUUCCAGGUCUAUUUGGCUCCCGUGAUGGCGAGCCUCCAGCCUGGCAGCUUGGUGGUGAUCCCCAGUAACAUCAGCUGCGCAUCCUACGAAGCUAUACUCACUGGUCUUCUGCAAAGUUUGAAAUCCCUGCCUCCGACCCUUUCACAUGGCGUGAGCGCAAGCAUACAGUCACUCAAGGAGACAUUCGCACGUUGCACAGUUCCAGAUUCCUUCGUGUGCAAAGAGACCCCGAUUGAUGAGGCCCUCAUCUGUGCUGCGGUCAACAGUUCACAACUGGAACAAACCCUGUCUACUGGCAAUUCCUCUGAAGCCCUGUGCAAUUUUACCAUCACUGAGCUUGCCUGUUCCUCGGCUACACACCUCACAUCCAGCAACCUGGUCACACUGAUGAAAUGCUCACUGCAAAGCCAAAGGACAUACCCGGUAGAGGUCUGGAAGCUUCUCUUCCAAAAAGCUUCUACUGCACUAGACCAGGCUCUCCAGACCUUCGCCACCAUGGCCCCCAACAACAGCAAUCCAGCCAUGUCACCUGCUCUUGAGGCUCUUGGGGAGCUGAGAAUUGCAAACUUCAGCCAGGCACAACUGCAGAGUGAUGCCUUUGUCAGAUUCUGGUUCCAGACAGAGCUUGGUCCGUUUCUGGCCUCUGCAUCCCCCAACUUCCUAUUCUGCCUUAGCUCCAAGAACUUCAGCUGCCAUACGUACCAGACAGUCAUCCAGGCAUUCAGCAGCCGAAGCGUAUCCAUGGACAGAGAAACACAACAAGCCGUCUUCACUAAUUUCAUCAAACCGUUCCUUUCAAGAAAUGACUCGUCAGAUCCUGGCUGUGUCUCAUUUACCAGAGGGAGUAAAGAUUGGCUCCUGGCAAACCUUGGCAGCUUCUCUGGCUUUGCAACCCUACAGGAUUUGCAAGCCCUCAAUCCCAACUUCUCCAGCGCCGAAGCGUUGUCAGUGCUCACUCCUACUCAGGUGGCACAGUUGACACUGAGUUCAGGGGCCUCGACCGACACAGACCAAAUCGACCGUGUGUUUGAGCGACUUGAGGAGGGCAAUGCUCUGGAAAAUGUGGAUGAAUUCCUGACACAGCUGACAGCAAACGGAAAGGUCCCUGACUUCCAACCUGUCGUGAGAGAUCGUAUAAUGAAUAGGACCUUCGCCAUCAUCAGUCCCCAUUUCCAGAACUUCAAGGAAGAUGACUGGUUUGCUUGGUUCCAUCUGAAACUGGUCCUUGUCCUCCCAAGUUUCACUCCAAUGAUGCUCGAGAACGCAACCUCAAACAUAAACUGCACAAACUACCAUGUUGUAGUGAGUGGGCUGGCCGGAGCUUUCCGCGCUAUGCCGUUACAUAGACGACAAGGAAUCGCAGACGUUCUGCUGGGCUACUUGAGAAAAUCUGCCGGUGUCAUCAACAAACCGGUUUGCAGGCAGGAAAUUGACAAUGAUGCAGAAUGGCUUGAAGCAAACUUGGGUCCAUUUUCCCUGUACACAACAUACUCUGACCUCAACGUCUUCAACCUCUCUGUGGUGGCACUUGUGGACUCCCUGUCCCCAGACCAGAAGGCUGAGCUGAUCCUGGAUCCAGACAGCCACGCUUUGGAGGAUGAGGCCAUCAUAAGGGAGGUGUUCACAAGCUUGACAAAGUCCCAUGAUAACGAGCAGCUCAAUCAGUUUUUCCAGGCUUUUGCAAGCAUCAGCGAGCAGAGAAACAUCACCAUCAUCAAAAAUCAAGGUGUACGAGACACCAUCUUGAACCUGACCUUGACAGCCCUUGCCGGUGAAUUUGAAGACUUUGAGCCUAAAGACUUUGAGCUGUGGUUCCAGGUCUAUUUGGCUCCCGUGAUGGCGAGCCUCCAGCCUGGCAGCUUGGUGGUGAUCCCCAGUAACAUCAGCUGCGCAUCCUACGAAGCUAUACUCACUGGUCUUCUGCAAAGUUUGAAAUCCCUGCCUCCGACCCUUUCACAUGGCGUGAGCGCAAGCAUACAGUCACUCAAGGAGACAUUCGCACGUUGCACAGUUCCAGAUUCCUUCGUGUGCAAAGAGACCCCGAUUGAUGAGGCCCUCAUCUGUGCUGCGGUCAACAGUUCACAACUGGAACAAACCCUGUCUACUGGCAAUUCCUCUGAAGCCCUGUGCAAUUUUACCAUCACUGAGCUUGCCUGUUCCUCGGCUACACACCUCACAUCCAGCAACCUGGUCACACUGAUGAAAUGCUCACUGCAAAGCCAAAGGACAUACCCGGUAGAGGUCUGGAAGCUUCUCUUCCAAAAAGCUUCUACUGCACUAGACCAGGCUCUCCAGACCUUCGCCACCAUGGCCCCCAACAACAGCAAUCCAGCCAUGUCACCUGCUCUUGAGGCUCUUGGGGAGCUGAGAAUUGCAAACUUCAGCCAGGCACAACUGCAGAGUGAUGCCUUUGUCAGAUUCUGGUUCCAGACAGAGCUUGGUCCGUUUCUGGCCUCUGCAUCCCCCAACUUCCUAUUCUGCCUUAGCUCCAAGAACUUCAGCUGCCAUACGUACCAGACAGUCAUCCAGGCAUUCAGCAGCCGAAGCGUAUCCAUGGACAGAGAAACACAACAAGCCGUCUUCACUAAUUUCAUCAAACCGUUCCUUUCAAGAAAUGACUCGUCAGAUCCUGGCUGUGUCUCAUUUACCAGAGGGAGUAAAGAUUGGCUCCUGGCAAACCUUGGCAGCUUCUCUGGCUUUGCAACCCUACAGGAUUUGCAAGCCCUCAAUCCCAACUUCUCCAGCGCCGAAGCGUUGUCAGUGCUCACUCCUACUCAGGUGGCACAGUUGACACUGAGUUCAGGGGCCUCGACCGACACAGACCAAAUCGACCGUGUGUUUGAGCGACUUGAGGAGGGCAAUGCUCUGGAAAAUGUGGAUGAAUUCCUGACACAGCUGACAGCAAACGGAAAGGUCCCUGACUUCCAACCUGUCGUGAGAGAUCGUAUAAUGAAUAGGACCUUCGCCAUCAUCAGUCCCCAUUUCCAGAACUUCAAGGAAGAUGACUGGUUUGCUUGGUUCCAUCUGAAACUGGUCCUUGUCCUCCCAAGUUUCACUCCAAUGAUGCUCGAGAACGCAACCUCAAACAUAAACUGCACAAACUACCAUGUUGUAGUGAGUGGGCUGGCCGGAGCUUUCCGCGCUAUGCCGUUACAUAGACGACAAGGAAUCGCAGACGUUCUGCUGGGCUACUUGAGAAAAUCUGCCGGUGUCAUCAACAAACCGGUUUGCAGGCAGGAAAUUGACAAUGAUGCAGAAUGGCUUGAAGCAAACUUGGGUCCAUUUUCCCUGUACACAACAUACUCUGACCUCAACGUCUUCAACCUCUCUGUGGUGGCACUUGUGGACUCCCUGUCCCCAGACCAGAAGGCUGAGCUGAUCCUGGAUCCAGACAGCCACGCUUUGGAGGAUGAGGCCAUCAUAAGGGAGGUGUUCACAAGCUUGACAAAGUCCCAUGAUAACGAGCAGCUCAAUCAGUUUUUCCAGGCUUUUGCAAGCAUCAGCGAGCAGAGAAACAUCACCAUCAUCAAAAAUCAAGGUGUACGAGACACCAUCUUGAACCUGACCUUGACAGCCCUUGCCGGUGAAUUUGAAGACUUUGAGCCUAAAGACUUUGAGCUGUGGUUCCAGGUCUAUUUGGCUCCCGUGAUGGCGAGCCUCCAGCCUGGCAGCUUGGUGGUGAUCCCCAGUAACAUCAGCUGCGCAUCCUACGAAGCUAUACUCACUGGUCUUCUGCAAAGUUUGAAAUCCCUGCCUCCGACCCUUUCACAUGGCGUGAGCGCAAGCAUACAGUCACUCAAGGAGACAUUCGCACGUUGCACAGUUCCAGAUUCCUUCGUGUGCAAAGAGACCCCGAUUGAUGAGGCCCUCAUCUGUGCUGCGGUCAACAGUUCACAACUGGAACAAACCCUGUCUACUGGCAAUUCCUCUGAAGCCCUGUGCAAUUUUACCAUCACUGAGCUUGCCUGUUCCUCGGCUACACACCUCACAUCCAGCAACCUGGUCACACUGAUGAAAUGCUCACUGCAAAGCCAAAGGACAUACCCGGUAGAGGUCUGGAAGCUUCUCUUCCAAAAAGCUUCUACUGCACUAGACCAGGCUCUCCAGACCUUCGCCACCAUGGCCCCCAACAACAGCAAUCCAGCCAUGUCACCUGCUCUUGAGGCUCUUGGGGAGCUGAGAAUUGCAAACUUCAGCCAGGCACAACUGCAGAGUGAUGCCUUUGUCAGAUUCUGGUUCCAGACAGAGCUUGGUCCGUUUCUGGCCUCUGCAUCCCCCAACUUCCUAUUCUGCCUUAGCUCCAAGAACUUCAGCUGCCAUACGUACCAGACAGUCAUCCAGGCAUUCAGCAGCCGAAGCGUAUCCAUGGACAGAGAAACACAACAAGCCGUCUUCACUAAUUUCAUCAAACCGUUCCUUUCAAGAAAUGACUCGUCAGAUCCUGGCUGUGUCUCAUUUACCAGAGGGAGUAAAGAUUGGCUCCUGGCAAACCUUGGCAGCUUCUCUGGCUUUGCAACCUACAGGAUUUGCAAGCCCUCAAUCCCAACUUCUCCAGCGCCGAAGCGUUGUCAGUGCUCAUCCUACUCAGGUGGCACAGUUGACACUGAGUUCAGGGCCUCGACCGACACAGACCAAAUCGACCGUGUGGCACUUGUGGACUCCCUGUCCCCAGACCAGAAGGCUGAGCUGAUCCUGGAUCCAGACAGCCACGCUUUGGAGGAUGAGGCCAUCAUAAGGGAGGUGUUCACAAGCUUGACAAAGUCCCAUGAUAACGAGCAGCUCAAUCAGUUUUUCCAGGCUUUUGCAAGCAUCAGCGAGCAGAGAAACAUCACCAUCAUCAAAAAUCAAGGUGUACGAGACACCAUCUUGAACCUGACCUUGACAGCCCUUGCCGGUGAAUUUGAAGACUUUGAGCCUAAAGACUUUGAGCUGUGGUUCCAGGUCUAUUUGGCUCCCGUGAUGGCGAGCCUCCAGCCUGGCAGCUUGGUGGUGAUCCCCAGUAACAUCAGCUGCGCAUCCUACGAAGCUAUACUCACUGGUCUUCUGCAAAGUUUGAAAUCCCUGCCUCCGACCCUUUCACAUGGCGUGAGCGCAAGCAUACAGUCACUCAAGGAGACAUUCGCACGUUGCACAGUUCCAGAUUCCUUCGUGUGCAAAGAGACCCCGAUUGAUGAGGCCCUCAUCUGUGCUGCGGUCAACAGUUCACAACUGGAACAAACCCUGUCUACUGGCAAUUCCUCUGAAGCCCUGUGCAAUUUUACCAUCACUGAGCUUGCCUGUUCCUCGGCUACACACCUCACAUCCAGCAACCUGGUCACACUGAUGAAAUGCUCACUGCAAAGCCAAAGGACAUACCCGGUAGAGGUCUGGAAGCUUCUCUUCCAAAAAGCUUCUACUGCACUAGACCAGGCUCUCCAGACCUUCGCCACCAUGGCCCCCAACAACAGCAAUCCAGCCAUGUCACCUGCUCUUGAGGCUCUUGGGGAGCUGAGAAUUGCAAACUUCAGCCAGGCACAACUGCAGAGUGAUGCCUUUGUCAGAUUCUGGUUCCAGACAGAGCUUGGUCCGUUUCUGGCCUCUGCAUCCCCCAACUUCCUAUUCUGCCUUAGCUCCAAGAACUUCAGCUGCCAUACGUACCAGACAGUCAUCCAGGCAUUCAGCAGCCGAAGCGUAUCCAUGGACAGAGAAACACAACAAGCCGUCUUCACUAAUUUCAUCAAACCGUUCCUUUCAAGAAAUGACUCGUCAGAUCCUGGCUGUGUCUCAUUUACCAGAGGGAGUAAAGAUUGGCUCCUGGCAAACCUUGGCAGCUUCUCUGGCUUUGCAACCCUACAGGAUUUGCAAGCCCUCAAUCCCAACUUCUCCAGCGCCGAAGCGUUGUCAGUGCUCACUCCUACUCAGGUGGCACAGUUGACACUGAGUUCAGGGGCCUCGACCGACACAGACCAAAUCGACCGUGUGUUUGAGCGACUUGAGGAGGGCAAUGCUCUGGAAAAUGUGGAUGAAUUCCUGACACAGCUGACAGCAAACGGAAAGGUCCCUGACUUCCAACCUGUCGUGAGAGAUCGUAUAAUGAAUAGGACCUUCGCCAUCAUCAGUCCCCAUUUCCAGAACUUCAAGGAAGAUGACUGGUUUGCUUGGUUCCAUCUGAAACUGGUCCUUGUCCUCCCAAGUUUCACUCCAAUGAUGCUCGAGAACGCAACCUCAAACAUAAACUGCACAAACUACCAUGUUGUAGUGAGUGGGCUGGCCGGAGCUUUCCGCGCUAUGCCGUUACAUAGACGACAAGGAAUCGCAGACGUUCUGCUGGGCUACUUGAGAAAAUCUGCCGGUGUCAUCAACAAACCGGUUUGCAGGCAGGAAAUUGACAAUGAUGCAGAAUGGCUUGAAGCAAACUUGGGUCCAUUUUCCCUGUACACAACAUACUCUGACCUCAACGUCUUCAACCUCUCUGUGGUGGCACUUGUGGACUCCCUGUCCCCAGACCAGAAGGCUGAGCUGAUCCUGGAUCCAGACAGCCACGCUUUGGAGGAUGAGGCCAUCAUAAGGGAGGUGUUCACAAGCUUGACAAAGUCCCAUGAUAACGAGCAGCUCAAUCAGUUUUUCCAGGCUUUUGCAAGCAUCAGCGAGCAGAGAAACAUCACCAUCAUCAAAAAUCAAGGUGUACGAGACACCAUCUUGAACCUGACCUUGACAGCCCUUGCCGGUGAAUUUGAAGACUUUGAGCCUAAAGACUUUGAGCUGUGGUUCCAGGUCUAUUUGGCUCCCGUGAUGGCGAGCCUCCAGCCUGGCAGCUUGGUGGUGAUCCCCAGUAACAUCAGCUGCGCAUCCUACGAAGCUAUACUCACUGGUCUUCUGCAAAGUUUGAAAUCCCUGCCUCCGACCCUUUCACAUGGCGUGAGCGCAAGCAUACAGUCACUCAAGGAGACAUUCGCACGUUGCACAGUUCCAGAUUCCUUCGUGUGCAAAGAGACCCCGAUUGAUGAGGCCCUCAUCUGUGCUGCGGUCAACAGUUCACAACUGGAACAAACCCUGUCUACUGGCAAUUCCUCUGAAGCCCUGUGCAAUUUUACCAUCACUGAGCUUGCCUGUUCCUCGGCUACACACCUCACAUCCAGCAACCUGGUCACACUGAUGAAAUGCUCACUGCAAAGCCAAAGGACAUACCCGGUAGAGGUCUGGAAGCUUCUCUUCCAAAAAGCUUCUACUGCACUAGACCAGGCUCUCCAGACCUUCGCCACCAUGGCCCCCAACAACAGCAAUCCAGCCAUGUCACCUGCUCUUGAGGCUCUUGGGGAGCUGAGAAUUGCAAACUUCAGCCAGGCACAACUGCAGAGUGAUGCCUUUGUCAGAUUCUGGUUCCAGACAGAGCUUGGUCCGUUUCUGGCCUCUGCAUCCCCCAACUUCCUAUUCUGCCUUAGCUCCAAGAACUUCAGCUGCCAUACGUACCAGACAGUCAUCCAGGCAUUCAGCAGCCGAAGCGUAUCCAUGGACAGAGAAACACAACAAGCCGUCUUCACUAAUUUCAUCAAACCGUUCCUUUCAAGAAAUGACUCGUCAGAUCCUGGCUGUGUCUCAUUUACCAGAGGGAGUAAAGAUUGGCUCCUGGCAAACCUUGGCAGCUUCUCUGGCUUUGCAACCCUACAGGAUUUGCAAGCCCUCAAUCCCAACUUCUCCAGCGCCGAAGCGUUGUCAGUGCUCACUCCUACUCAGGUGGCACAGUUGACACUGAGUUCAGGGGCCUCGACCGACACAGACCAAAUCGACCGUGUGUUUGAGCGACUUGAGGAGGGCAAUGCUCUGGAAAAUGUGGAUGAAUUCCUGACACAGCUGACAGCAAACGGAAAGGUCCCUGACUUCCAACCUGUCGUGAGAGAUCGUAUAAUGAAUAGGACCUUCGCCAUCAUCAGUCCCCAUUUCCAGAACUUCAAGGAAGAUGACUGGUUUGCUUGGUUCCAUCUGAAACUGGUCCUUGUCCUCCCAAGUUUCACUCCAAUGAUGCUCGAGAACGCAACCUCAAACAUAAACUGCACAAACUUCCAUGUUGUGUGA